CUACAUGUCCCUUACAUACACACCCACCCAUUCUCUAUCCAUUAAUUUUCUUUCUUUGCGUUUUUUCUUUUGUUUCCAGAGAGAAAGAGAGAAGAGAGAAGAGAGAAGCAGAGAACGUUGUGGGAUAAUCAGCUCUGUUUCCAAGGAUCUGUGUGUGUUUGUCUCUAAAUUUUAUUGGUUGAACUUGAGAAGAUAGUUCAGAAGAUCUUGUUAUUAUAAUUCACAGAAGUUGGAUUUGGUCGUAGUGAGUGAUUAAAGAUGGGUUACAUGUGUGACUUUUGCGGUGAACAAAGAUCAAUGGUGUACUGUCGGUCCGAUGCAGCGUGUCUCUGCCUCUCCUGUGACAGGAGUAUUCAUUCAGCUAAUGCAUUGUCCAAAAGACAUUCUAGGACGCUUGUCUGUGAGAGAUGCAAUGCGCAGCCUGCUACAGUCAGGUGUGUUGAAGAAAGGGUUUCACUCUGUCAAAACUGUGACUGGUCUGGCCACAACAACAACAACAAUUCUUCGACAAAUCAUCAUAAGAGACAAACCAUAAGCUGCUAUUCUGGUUGCCCUUCAAGCUCGGAGCUUGCCUCUAUCUGGUCUUUCUGUUCAGAUUUAGCUGGACAAUCUGUUUGUGAACAAGAAAUGGGUAUGAUGAAUAUAGACGAUGAUGGUCAGACCAACCAAAACUGCAAUGAGGAUAAGAAAGAUGUCGUCGUUGGCUCCUCUUCAAAGCCUGAAACAAGUUUCGCAGCACAUGCAAACUCAUCAUUUGUUAAGGAUGUUGGAGUGUGUGAAGACGACUUUUAUGAUAACUUGGGUAUGGAUGAAGUUGACUUGGCACUUGAGAACUAUGAAGAGCUCUUUGGGACAGCGUUUAACACCUCAGGACAGCUCUUUGGACAAUGUGGAAUCGAUAGUCUUUUCCAGAAACAUAAUCAAGCAGCUCCUGAGGGAGGGAACUCAGUGCAGCCAGCUGAGAGCAAUGACUCAUUCAUGAGUUCUAAAACAGAGCCAAUAAUUUUCUCUGGAGUCACUGGAGAUUGUAGCGCUGGAGAUUUCCAAGAAUGUGGUGCAUCAACUUCCAUGCAGCUCUUGGGGGAUCCACCAUGGUAUCCUCAAACAUCAUCACAUGAUAAUAAUGGUUGCUCAUAUUCGGUGACUCGUAAUAACGCGGUUAUGCGUUACAAGGAAAAGAAGAAGGCUCGCAAGUUUGAUAAGACAGUGAGGUAUGCUUCUCGCAAAGCAAGAGCUGAUGUGAGACGGCGUGUAAAGGGGAGAUUUAUCAAAGCUGGUGAAGCUUAUGACUAUGACCCACUCACUCCAACCAGAAGCUAUUGAGUUGGAUUCUCUAUGAAAGGUAAACCACUAGGAGAAAGGUUUUUGACUUAUGGAAAGAGUUCUCAAGUCAGAAACUGUGAAAAACAAGACUACUCUCUGGUUUGAUAAGACACUAAACUGAUGGGUUUGUUGUAAGCAAAAGCAACCACUCAUUAUUGGGAUUCAGUCAAUGUUUUCGCCUCAGAAGCUUCAUUCUAGUUCAGAGGGAUCACUCUCUGAUGCUUCAGGUGUUACACGGAUCAGAGGUCCAUGAGUUUUGUUCUUGGCAGGGAGAUUUAGGGUAAAUAAAUAAACAAAUAUGAUUGUAUAUGCCUAUCUAUUCCAUUUGUAUUUAUGCACAUAAAUGCUUUUCUGUUUUGCACUCUACCUUGUAAAUUAAAGACUGUAUCCAUUACACAGUCAUUGAACAGUUUGCCUGAGGUCUCCUCCUCUGCUGUAACUGAUUGGUUCCAGCUCAACAUGUGAUAUUGGUUUUGUUGUGCAA